CCGCUGUUCCUGGCUGAAUUUCCCUGCUGGCUGACGUCAGCUGACUGCCUCGGCUCUCCGCUCCUCCGGACACAGCGCCGUGUAAAAAUGCUGCUCUCUGUGCCGCCAAGGACAGGAUUCAACCCGUACAACGGCUACACCGGCAAAAACAUCAAGAAGCAGACGUAUGUGUCCCCCUCCAACCAUCAGAUGGCUCCUCCAAGCCCCAACAACAACAGCAAUAGCAACAACAGCACCACCUCCAUCAGCAACGGCAGCAGCAGCAGUGGGGGAGAGCAGCUGAGCAAGACCAACCUGUACAUCCGUGGCCUCCACCCGGGAACCACAGACCAGGAUCUGGUCAAACUCUGUCAGCCGUAUGGGAAAAUCGUGUCCACCAAGGCCAUCCUGGACAAGACCACCAACAAGUGCAAAGGCUAUGGCUUUGUUGACUUUGACAGCCCGGCCUCGGCUCAGAAGGCAGUGACAGCGCUGAAGGCGGGUGGAGUGCAGGCUCAGAUGGCCAAGCAACAGGAGCAGGACCCCACCAACUUAUACAUCUCCAACCUGCCGAUGUCCAUGGACGAGCAGGAGCUGGAGAACAUGCUGAAGCCCUUCAGCCAGGCCAUUUCCACUCGCAUCCUCCGUGACGCCAACGGAACCAGCCGAGGAGUGGGCUUUGCCAGGAUGGAGUCAACAGAGAAAUGUGAAGCCAUCAUCCAACAUUUCAAUGGAAAAUAUAUCAAGACUCCACCUGGAGUACCAGUGCCACCAGAGCCACUGUUGUGUAAAUUUGCUGACGGAGGCCAGAAGAAGCGUCAGAGCCAAGGAAAAUAUCUGCAGAACGGCCGGCCCUGGACGAGAGAUGGGGAGACUGGAGGAAUGACCCUCACCUACGACCCCACCACAGCCUUACAGAACGGGUUCUACUCCUCCCCCUACAGCAUCGCCCCAAACCGGAUGAUGGGGCCGACCUCCCUCUCCCCGUACAUGCAUUCACCUGUGUCCACCUACCAGGUCCACAACCCAUCAUGGCUACAUCACCAGUCAUACAUCAUGCCGCCCACAGGAGCAGUCCUGACGCCAGGAAUGGACCACACCAUGUCCAUCCAGCCGACCUCCAUGAUGGGGCCCCUGACACAGCAGCUCAGCCACCUCUCCAUGGGCAGCAGCGGCACAUAUAUGCCUGCAAACACUUCUAUGCAGGGGACCUACAUUCCCCAGUACACCCAAGUGCCUGCCACCAACAUGUCAGUUGAGGAAAGUGCCGUCCAACAACCUGUUGCCAUAGAGACACCCACAGAACACACAACCUACACCUACCAGCAUAACAAGUGAAGAGUUCGCAGAGAUCUUCCUCUGGAGCCGGAGUGACUCUCAAGGGGCCCCAAGUGCUGACAGUCGGCACAGCGACUCCUCACGUAAGGCACCAGACACUCGGGAGGAACACGGACUGUUACACAGAAAGGACACAAUAAAAAAAAAAAAAGAUAUUUUCUACAAACUCAUAUUUUAAAACAAACUCUUUUACUCCAAACAUGCAAGGCUGGAGGCUAACAGGCAACGGGAAAUGGAAGAACAGAACAAGGAGCUUCUAUUUUGAUAACAGUCACACACACACUACACAUGUUUAAAAGAUUUUUUUGAACGUUAUUCAUCUUCUUUUCUAAAACUACUCUGGGGAGCUAGAACGAAACCAGGAAAAGAACAUUUCAGCACCACAUUUUAUUUUGAGUCAUAUUUUGUUUUGACCUUUUUUUCUUGUAAGAUAUGCUGAUUUGACUUCACUUUUUUUGUCUGAUACUUUCAGGCUUUGAACCUGCCUUUUUGUACAUAAUUCUUUGUUUUGGUGUGUUUCUAGCUUCAUGUGUCCUACUUUGAUUGAUCGGUGCAAAUAUUUGAAAGCUUAAAAAAAAAGAAAGAAGUCAUUCAAAAAGCUGAUGACUCAUGUUUCAGACAGAUAUGGUGCUGACUUGGAUUAGCGUCUCUCUAAGUGGCAGCAAGUUUAUCAGGUAUGAAACCUUACCUGAGGUGGUAUCGCUUCUUUUUGGCACUUGACUCUCGAGUAAUUUAUAGUUCCAACAAUCUCGACAAAGCUUCAGACAAUCAGACGAUCACAAAGAAGAGAAAAUUUAGGGAUGAUUUCAAAGAGAAGACGUCUUUAAAAAAGAGCUAAAUAGAUUAAAAGCAUUCCAGAGAUUAUUAUCAGAAGGUUUUAAAUAUUGGUUUGUGUCGAGCUGCUCCACUUGAUGAACUCCAAAGUUUCUUAACAGGGAUCACAUCUCACACAGAGCUGCCUGUAAAUAAGAGAUUUAAAUUUAUUUAGGCUUUCUUUUGAUUUCCUUUGAUCAGUGUAGUAAUGCUUCAGUUAUUUUAAUAACAAUAUUAUACCAAAUUGUCUGAACACAGCAACGUAUGAAUUGCUGUUUUCAGUUUUGUCCCUUUUAAUUAAAAGGUAAGCUGAAUCUGCAUUACAUCCCAAAAAAUGUAUUUUCUGAAGCAAGAUGUUGUUAUUAGAGUAUGAAGUUCUUAUUACACAGACAUGGAGAUCAACUGGUAAAGCGUGGCUCUGUCCUGUUAUAUCCUCAGAAAACACUAUCAAGGUUUAUUAUGGAUGAUCACGGCCAGUACUGAGAUGCUUAAUACUGGCCAUCGUUGUGUGUUUGCAUCUACUUCUGCAUUUCUGUUUUUCACCCUCAUGGGUUUUUUUUUUUUUUUUUACAUUUCUUAUUUAAAAGUUUUUUUUUAAAUUCAGUUUUAAUACUUUUAAGAUUGAUCCUAUUUUUCAAAGAAGUUUUGUUUUUUAUUUUUGAUAGUGUGUUGUGUGCUUCAGAUAGCGAGAAAUAGAUGUUUUUAACUUCUUCUUUUUUUUAAAAUAGUGAUUUGUUUGUAUGUUUGCAUACUUCACUCGGUCUGGUUUCAGUGUUGAUGUCAAAAAACUUUAAAGGGGAACACCACCUACUGUAAGAAUUCAAACAUGUUUUUUCCAUGGCCUAGGAAAGUUCAAUUAAUAUUUGUGAACAUGAGCUGCUUUCUCUCAAAGCCAGAAACCAGAGAAGUAAGUUUCAAACUUGUGAUGUCAUCAAGUAAGUCUGCAGCUGCUCCAUAGACAAUGGCUGAUUUUUAUAUCCAAAUGAGCCUUAUUCUAUUGUAAGAAAUGUUCCCAUAUAGACGAAAACCCUGUGACGUCGCAGUAAAAACAAUCACUUCCAAAAAGGGAACUGGCACUUGAUUAAAAUUGCAGAUAUAUAAAAUUGGCAAACUUGUGUAUUUCUUUUGUCAUUUUCAGCUGUAACUAACAUUUAAAGAUGUAUAGUCAAACACAGUGGUCUGACCUAUCUGAUGUUUCUGCUCCACUUAUUUUAUGUGCUGUGUAUCUUUGCUAGCAUCUUUGAUAAACCAAAUCUGCCAGCACAGAAGAUACAAAUGUACUGCUGUAGACAGGGGACGCAGCGAAACGUAUUUUUGCCACCUAAGAAAAAUCAGUAUAUUACAGGUUGUUUUUAAUGGAGCCUGGUGGGUUUGCAAUAAUGGCCUCGGGUACCUGUCAAAAAAGGAUAUCUGACGGCAAGGUAAAGUGGGGAAAAUAUUAUACACUUAAUUUUAGGUAGAUAAAAACUAAGCAGGUGAGUAUUGUGCUGUUUCAUAUAAUGUACGUGACACGGAGAUUUUCUACCUGAAAGUUAUUGUAAACAUUGUGAUUAACAUCUUUCCUAAUUCAUUGUCUAUGGACAUGCUCCAGACUUUAUACUUGAUGACAUCAAAAAUUUGAGUUUUGGAUUUAGGAGAGAGUUCAUAUUUACUAAUAUUUUUGGACUGUUUUAACCCAGGGUGGCACUGUGGUGCUGCACUGUCGCCUCACAGCAAGAGGGUUCCUGGUUCAAUCCCAGGAGGGAGCCCUUCUGUGCAGAGUAGGCAUGUUCUCCCUGUGUCAGUGUGGGUUUUCUCUGGGUACUCCGGCUUCCUCCCACAGUC